AUGGCCUCUAUUCGCGUUCUUUCCUUCGAUGCUGAGGGCCGUCCCGUGCAGUUCACUUCCUGGCUCGACGACCUGCAGUUGUAUCUUAUGAGCAAUAGCACGGACCACGUCUCCCUCUAUGACUACGCGUCUGGUGCUGCCGCUGCUCCAGCUGCCACAGCCGAGCUUAGUGUACGUUCACAGUGGCAGACUCGUGACGCUGCAUCUCGCCUGGCUAUUCGCAGUCACCUGCCGUUCGCUGAGCUAGAGCACUUUGGCGACUGCAAAACCGCUAAAGCCCUAUACGACGCUGUCGUUGCUCGCUACUCCUCACCUGCCACAGCCGAGCUUAGCCGCCUCAUGCUGCCUUACCUGUUCCCUGAGCUGUCCACCUUUGCUACAGUCGCCGAUCUCAUCACCCACCUUCGCACUAGUGACGCUCGCCUGCGUGCCGCCCUUCCCACCGAGUUCUGCGCUAAGAACCCCCCUCCACUGUACUGGACGCUCCAUUUCAUAGUCACCCGUCUCCCUGACACCCUCAGCUCAGUCCGAGACUACUUCCUUGCCCGCUGUCCCACUGAGCUCACAGUCGCCCUCCUAGAGGAGAAGCUGCUAGCAGCCGAGAAGAGCAUUGUAGCUGUAGGUGCUGCUCGUGGCGCUCCUCGCACCCCCAUCUUUGAGGGGUGUUCUCCCUCUCCCCUCGCUCCCUCCUACGCUACUGCUGCUGCUGUUGACCUCCUUGGUGCUGAGUCUGCUGGCGCUGCUUCUGCUCCUGGUGGGAGGCGCCGCACCGGCAAGGGCAAGGGGGGCAAGGGUGGCGGGGGUGGCGCUGGGGGGGGAGGUGGUGGGGGAGGUGGGGGAGGAGGCGGUGCCGGAGGGAGCGGUGGCGGGAGUGCUGGUGGGAGUGGAGGCAGCGGUGGGGGCGGGGGCGGCGGCGGGAGUGGUGGCAGCGGUGGCGGCGGUGGCAGCGGCGGUGGCAGUGGUGGCGGUGGCGGUCGGAGCGGCGGUAGUGGCGGCGGUGGUGGUCGGAGUGUAGGCCCUAGCUCGGGCCAGACCUCUCAGCAGCAGCAGCGUCCUCAGACGACCCAGCAGCUCCGUGAGUGGCUUGCUCAGCGUAGGACGUCGGGAGGCAGUGGUCGCUGUUCCUAUGUCAUUCGCACAGGUGAACGCAAGGGGCAGAAGUGUGGGAGGUUCCACACCCAGUACCGCUGCUUCUCCCGCCUUGACGACGCUUGGCGUGAGGAGAUGGGCGAGGAGGUUGAGUGCCCCCGCUGGGCUGAUCUGAUGAGGGCUGGUGUUGAUAUCUUUGCUCUUGAUUAUGAUGCUAUUAUUGCUGCCAUGUAUGCAUUGACUGUUAGUGCUGAGGGGGACUGUUACUUGUGUGUGCCGCCUGACCCAGGUAUAGAGCCCACUGCCCUAGGUACCAGCGAGUCUGCUCUCUCAGGUACUGUGCCUUCCGAGGCUACUCCCUUCGGUACACCCCCUCCUGCUAGCGAGUCUGCGCUCUCCGGUACUGCGCCCGCUGAGGCCUUGCACACCUUCACGCUUGACUCAAGUGCUUCCCGCUGCUUCUUUCGUGACAGUACUAAGCUCACUCCCCUCCCUGCACCAGUUCCAGUCUCCCUGGCUGACCCCUCCGGGGGUCCAGUUCUUGCACGGUCUACCACUGUGCUUCCCUGUCCGGCGGUUCCGUCUGGCUCGUUGUCGGGUUUCCACCUCCCCUCGUUCUCUACGAACUUGGUGAGCAACGCUGUUAUCCAGGAUCACUGGGUUGACACCUUCACCCCUGGAGGACAGCUGUGA